CGUUUGUGUCCCGGAGAUUCCAAGACCUUGCCAUCUUCCGGGACAGGGACCAUGGCUCGUCUGUUCCUAGCCUCCGCGUUCGCCGUUUCACUCGCCUGCCUCGCCUCCGGGUACCAAGUGCGAUACUUCUACUUCCCAGGUGGUGGCUUCGGCGGAAGCGGUGGCGGCCUCAGUAGCCUCUUCGGCAGUGGCGGUUAUGGAAGCGGUGGCGGCUUCGGAGGCAGCGGGGGAAGUGGCGGCUCCGGAGGUAGCGGAAUGAGCAGCCUCUUUGGUAGCGGCUUCGGAGGAAGUGGCGGCUCCGGAGGUAGCGGAAUGAGCAGCCUCUUUGGUAACGGCUUCGGAGGAAGUGGCGGCUUCGGAGGAAGUGGCGGCUCCGGAGGUAGCGGAAUGAGCAGCCUCUUUGGUAGCGGCUUCGGAGGAAGUGGCGGCUUCGGAGGAAGUGGCGGCUCCGGAGGUAGCGGAAUGAGCAGCCUCUUUGGUAGCGGCUUCGGAGGAAGUGGCGGCUCCGGAGGUAGCGGAAUGAGCAGCCUCUUUGGUAGCGGCUUCGGAGGAAGUGGCGGCUCCGGAGGUAGCGGAAUGAGCAGCCUCUUCGGUAGUGGCUUCGGAGGAAGUGGCGGCUACGGGGGUAGUGGCGGCCUAAGUAGCCUUUUCGGUGGUAGCAGUGGUGGCUUCGGAGGCAGCAGCGGUGGCUAUGGAGGCAGCAGCGGUGGCUACGGAGGCGGCAGCGGUGGCUACGGAGGCGGCAGCGGCCUAAGUAGCCUCUUCGGUGGUAGCAGCGGUGGCUUCGGAGGCAGCAGCGGUGGCUACGGAGGCGGCAGCGGCCUAAGUAGCCUCUUCGGUGGUAGCAGCGGUGGCUUCGGAGGCAGCAGCGGUGGCUACGGAGGCGGCAGCGGCCUAAGUAGCCUCUUCGGUGGUAGAAGUGGUGGCUUCGGAGGCAGCAGCGGUGGCUAUGGAGGCAGCAGCGGUGGCUACGGAGGCAGCAGCGGCCUCAGUAGCCUCUUCGGUGGUGGCAGUGGUGGCUUCGGAGGCAGCAGCGGUGGCUAUGGAAGCAGUAGUGGUGGCUACGGAGGCAGCAGCGGCUUAAGUAGCCUCUUCGGUGGCAGCAGCGGUGGCUACGGAGGCAGCAGUGGUGGUUAUGGCGGCAGCGGCUUCGGUGGAGGCCUUGGCAGCAGCGGCGGCUUUGGCGGCAGCAGCGGUAUGGGUGGACUCGGUGGUGGCAGCUUCAGUGGCCUUGGAGGAGGUAGCGGCUUCAGCGGCCUUGGAGGAAGCAGCGGACUCGGUGGUCGCCUUGGUGGAAUCUUCGGUCGCCGACGUCGCGGACGCGGCCGACGUGGUAGGCGCUCCAGUUUUGGAAGCAGUGGCUUCGGCAGCAGCGGCCUAGGUGGAGGCAUCGGCGGAUCAAGCGGCAGCGGUGGCUUUGGAGGCUUCGGCGGAUCAGGCAGCAGCGGUGGCUUCGGAGGCCUCAGCGGCUUGAGCGGCUUCGGCGGAUCCGGCGGAUCCGGCGGCGGAAGCGGUUUUGGAGGAGGCUUCGGUGGAUCCAGCGGAGGCGGUGGAAGCGGAGGCUUCGGCGGCCUCGGUGGAUCCAGCGGCUUCGGCGGAUCAAGCGGCGGCAGCGGAUUUGGUGGAAGCUUCGGUGGAUCCAGUGGAGGCAGCGGAUUCGGCGGCGGCAGCGGAUUCGGUGGAGGAGACAUGAAACAGAAAUCCAUGUCAUGGUAAACAGCACGCAAGCAAAUUAGAAACUCACUAGUGAGCAAAUACAUGUCUCACAAUAAAGAAGUCCUGUCCAACGGAACAAA